CUCCUGCAUGCGUCUGCCCUUGUUCGUCUUCAAACUUCUGCCAUAAAAAUGGCGAAGCUGUCGCUCGAGGACUUUGACAAACACAUCGAGAGUCUGCGCGCCCAGCUACUGUUUCUCAAUGAGACGCUCGAUGCGACGGAUCACAAUGCGCCGGACUGGCUCUCCGCGGACCUUCUAUCGCUGCGAAACAAGUCAGGCAGAUUGCAGGACGACAUGAAGAGAUUCAGAGAUCAGCUUGAGGACGAAGGUCUGGCUGAGAAGAAGAAGGCCAAGACUUCAAACAAACGCCUAAGUAUCGAAGGCGCGAAGCGUCCCGCAGAAACACCGAUUGCGCAAACCCCAACUCCCAGCGCCCACGCUAUAUCUCCUCUCGUAGACCAAUCACCAACACCACGCGCAAAGCGAACGAAGAUCGAAGACACAUAUGUUGUUCAGCAUGUCGAUGUCACAGAGGAGGUCAACCGGCGGCUGCAAGAGAACCGCUUACGACGCUUGAUGCAGACUCCGAGCACAGCGCAGAAACGAAAGUUCGAUUCAUACGAGGAGGAGCCCAGGUCAGAAGGGCCGGUCGGCACAGACGAGGAAGGUUGCAGAGGUGGAUACAGUGCGAGUGAGCAGGAGAGAACCCCAACCAAACGGCUGAGGAGCAGUGGAACUUUCGAAGGGCUGGGCAAAAGGAAGGAGGAUGAGCCAGCGAGAGAACAGGACCCACGAUUCGAAGACAGAGCUGAUGUAAAGAGGCGCAAGUUUCACCGUUAUAAGGCGUAUCUCUUAUGUACUGGACAUGGCUUGCGUCUACGUCGACUUCUCCGCAGCACCUCCGCUCCGAAGAGGAAGUUGCAGCCGAGGCGGGAGCUAACCGCCGUCUUUGCAUCAUUGAACUUUUUGACAUCGUGCUCACUGAACUGCCCUACCAUCACCGCUUCCACACAUCUACCUGACCUGCAACUCUUGCGCAAAUUACUUCCCGAUCGACGCGUUACAUCUGAACUUGACUGCACAACCACAACCUCCAAGAUGGCGACUCCAACCCCCAUACAAAAUAUGCCCAUCCCACCAGAAGAACGUCUAGCUCUCGAACAACAAGCCCGCUACCAACGCAUAACACGCAACCUAGCCAUUGGCGGCCUUGUUCUAUGUCCAAUAAUAGCCGCCAUGCCGCCCCGAAAACUAGACCUCUACACAUUCUCACUAGGAAUCGGUUUCUACCUAUCAGCCGACCACCUCAUAACCCUACGUACGGGCCGUGGCCUCGUACAAAACCUCAGUCCAAUGCGAACAAUGGAACUACCGACCGAACGCGCCAAAGAGAUGCAGAAGAUAUUGCGGGAGGAGAGGGAAAAGAGUAGAAAGAGUCUAGAGCGGAAGGAGGGGCAAGAGAAGAGUAUACUGGGGAAGCUCUGGAUGGGUGAUGAGGAGGAAGGAUGGAAAGAGAGGAGACUCGAGGAAGAGAAGAAGGCGAUUGAGGAGGGGAAGAGUUAUGGUGAUAUGAUCUUUGAACAGAUCUGGGAGGUUUGGAAUUGGGAUAAGAAAGGAAAGGGCGCUGACGGGAAGAAGGAGUGA